AUGUCCGGCAGCACRGCGAGGAAGGUCCAGCCCUUCACCAUAAGCACUAAACUCUCCCUGCCCAAGUGCGGUGGUGACUUCUCCGGCGAUGCUUGCCCCAGCAUUGCUCUCGCCUCCGCUCUGGACAACCACCAUGGCCUUCGGCACAACCUCAACGAGCGCAUCUCCCUCUACCUGGCCCAARCGCGCGCCAGCCCCGCUCCGCCUGGCCGCCAGCGCCGCAGCGCCAGCCCCAUGGAAGAGGGAGUCACCGACGAGGACCGCCUGAACCGCAACUCUCUUGCCCGCUCCAUCAAGAAGAUCACGCUGUCCAACUGGCAUGGGGAGGCUGUCUCCUGUGAUGCAGGGGGACCUGGGGACCCUGCCCAGGCUGGCGGCGAGAGGAACCACAACAACAACAACAGCAGGGCAGGGAAAGCUCAGUUCAAGCACGGUGGAGUGGAGCUGGACGGGAAGACUGCAAGAUGGAGCUUUGGGAGGAAGAGCGAGAGCCAGGGCAUGUCGGGCCACGGGCAGCUAUUGGUGACCGAUGCGGUCUUUCUCAGAAAGGAAGUGGAUGUGGAGGAAGAGAAACAGGAGACCAGGAGCCCCCACACUGGUGGUUUCUGCUCGCCGGUGGACCAAGGCUCCCCCUUCCAUGCGCUCGCGGGAGGCCCCGCGGCGGCCGCGCUGAGAGAAAGCCCCAAGAGCAAGGAGCCCAACGCGGCCGCGGCGGCGAGAAGCGGCGGGCGAAGCAGCGCCGCAGCCGCCAGCCUCCUCAACCUGAGCCCCCUGAGAGCGCAGUUCAACCGGGAGAUGCUGCAGGCGGAGGGCUGGGUGCGAGGCAAGCUGCGGGACCUGAAAGACAGCUGCGACAUGCACGACUGGGAGCACGUGGCUCAGACCCUGCAGAGGGACAUGAAAGACUUUGAGAACACUCUGAUAAAGCUCAACCAGAUGGGCGAGCAGCUGAUGGGGCGGCCGAGCGGCAGCGCCGAGACGGUGCGUCGGCAGCUGCUGGCGCUGCGGGAGCAGUGGCAGCUCCUGCGGCAGACAGCGGCCAGCCAGAGCAAAGCCCUGGGCGGGCUGCGGAGCCUGCAGGACUUCGCCAGGAAGGCUGAGCGGCUGGAAGCGUGGAUCAGGCAGAAGGAGGAGAAGCCCUCCCUAGCAGCCCUGCUACAAGAAAGCCUUGACAAGAUCCAGCUCACCCGUCGCAUCCUUGACUUGAAACAGGAGGAACAGCAGUUCCAGAGUCUGCAUGAGGAGCUGAACAGCCUAGCACAGAAGUUGGAAAAACAAGGCAAAAGUGAGAGCAGGAGCAUCUCUGCCCGGCGCAAGCACCUCAACAAGAUGUGGCUGCGCAUCCAAGGGACCCUGAAGGAGCAUCAUGAAGCUCUACAGCUGGCCUUGGAAGUAGCUGCCUUCCUCCAGCAAGCAGAUACCCUUCUUGGGGCCAUGCAUGCCAAGUGGAGGAGUGUGUGUGGCGUGGGGAAGCAAGGGGAGGCCGAGGCCGUUCGCGAUCGGGACGUCCGGGACAUGGCCAGCCAGGUGAUGAUGCUGGAUGUGACUGUGUCCCAGCUCCUCAGCCUUCAGCCCAGCCUGGCAGUGCGAGUCACCCACAAGCACCGAGAGGUCAAGGAGAGCUGGGCCCAGCUCCAGCAAGUGCUGAGGAAUGAGAAGCCUCCAGCGCUGGCUCUAGCAAGCCCUUUCUCAGGGGGUGAAGCUGCAGCUCAGAGCCAUGAGUCCAAAGGAGAAGGGAGCAGCCAUGGGGCAGCGGGCAAGGAAGUAGGAGACAAGCAGAAAAGAGGUCCUGGGAGCACAGUGCAGAAGGACGUUGGAAGGAACGUGGCAGAGUACGUGAGAGGUGAAGAGAGUGGCCCCAGCUAUGGAACAGCUGGGCAACCCCUUCCUGGAGGCGACAGCAAGAGGAGGAGGAGGGUGCCGGGGUGCCUGGAGGCUCAGCGGGGCGCGCAGGAGCCGGAGGCGCACGUGCAGGACUUCUGCCAGGCUGCGAACGUGGCCGUGUCCCGGCUCAAGGAGAACGUGGGGCCCAGUGUCCACCUGAGUCCAGUGGGGGAUGCUGAGAGCCUGGAGGCAGCACAGACCCAGCGGGCUGCUCUGCAGCGAGAGAUCCUGGACAACAGCUCCAGCAUCGAGGCUGUGCUCCUGGAAGGGCAGAAGCUGCUGGGCACAGGGGCCCRGGGGAGCCCGCAGGUGGAGGCCAUGCUGCGGGAGCUGGGCGAGCUCUGGGAGGACUUGCAGAGGAAACACCAGGAGAAUGGAGCGGUGCUGAAGGAAAUUGAUAAGGCCCUGAGGCUGGUGGGGGAGCUGGACCAGGCUGAGCGGUGGCUGCAAGCCGUGGCCAAGUCACUCUCGGAGCCGGCCACCAUGAGAAGCCCCGCGGAGCUGCGCAGGGACCUGGAAGAGACGGGGCAGCUGGAGAGAUAA